CGUGAGGAAAAGCAUUAACACUUAAUCCUUGCGUGUAAAUAGACUACGAUAUCAAAAUGCAGUUCCUACGCGGUUUUUUCAAGCGGAUCACAGAUGAUCUCAAACAGAAAAAAUUGAUACCACUAAAAAUAUUGUUUUUUGUUCACGCUUCCACUUUAUUUGUUUUAUAUCCGUAUUUGACAAUUCACAUGCGAGAACUUGGAAUCAACGUCGAGGAGACGGCCAUCAUGUCGGCCGUGACGCCGGUCGUCGCUAUAGUUAUGCCUCCUCUCGCCGGCAUGCUUGCCGAUAAAAUUGGAAAUUUUAGGCUACUCCUAGCCAUUUCUUCAGCACUAGGCGGAAUAUCAGCACUUUUACUCUUAAUGGUGCCUGUUGGACGCAUUGUAGUUACGUUUCCGACAGAAGCAGAGUUACUAGUCUCUUGUAACGGAUCUGCGUUACAUUUGCAGCAAGUACGCGACUAUCCUUGUCAGCCACUUCAUCCCUAUGCAUAUGAUAUUAAUCUUACAGUGUUAUCGUGCGGAUUUUUAUGUGAAUUGCCACAAGGAGUUGCUUCGCAAGGAAUAGACACUGUUGUCCACGCGAACUCGUACGAUGUGCAUUUUAAAUCACAAUCUGAGUCACAGCGUCUAGUAUAUCGCAAUACAAUUUCACCAUUACUAAAACACAGGGAGAAACCUAUGAAAGACCAUAGCACAUCGCGUGUGCUCACCAACGAUCCCUUUUUCAAUUCCACACCAUCUAAAGUUGGCGAAAAUAAUAUAUUUUUUCCUGUGCCUCAACUGUACGAAAUAGAUUGCUCAUAUACAGAAACAAACGCAACUUGUAUUUUUGAUAAGAAGGAUUUUAUAAACGGCUCUAUUGAAGAAAACACAGUGAAGACCUUUCGAGUUAGGAUAACACAUGAUGCUCAAAAUAAUUCAUCUGAAGUUCGAAGUUAUUGGGUUAACGCUGUUUCAUUAAAUAACGCUUCGGACUCAAGUGACGAUUACGACGGGAUAGACUCCACUUUAUGUAAAGAUAGCUUUACUCAGGAUUUUAGAGAGUCUAUAUGGAUAAAAAUUGGGUCGCAAAAGAUGACGAAGUGCGCAGCGGCGUGCGCUGCAUCGGCGCCGCGGAAGACGCUCUGUGCCAACCGCCACCAGCAGAUAGAAAUCGACCCGUCUUUUACUUUCUGGACUUAUCUAGCUGUUCGUGUGUUUAUUGGAAUCAUCGGCGGGACAGCGUUCGCAAUGUUUGAAGGUGCUGUUAUAGCAAUAGUAAGGGACCAGAAAGCGGACUAUGGCCUUCAAAGAGUUUAUGGCAGCAUCGGUGGUAUGAUAUCGUCACCUCUUUCCGGAUUGCUCAUCGAUUACGCGAGCAGAGGAAAAGGUUAUACAGACUUCAGACCAGCUUUUUACCUGUACGCGGUUUUAAAAGUUCUUUCUGGUGUUCUGAUGCUGAGUAUUGACCUUCAGUUUAAGCAGCCCGCACAAAACCUUCUAAACGAUGUCAUUUCUGUAUUUCGAAAUAUUGAACUCGUCGCAUUGUUUAUAGCUUGCUUUAUAAUGGGAACCGCAUGGGGAUAUAUCGAGAGUUUCCUCUUCUGGUUACUCCAAGACCUGGGCGCGUCCCGCUCCUUGAUGGGUAUAACGAUCACGGUGGGCGGUAUCGCCGGUCUCCCCCUGCUGGUCCUCUCUGGACCCAUAAUCAACAGAAUUGGUCACGCGAAUGUUCUAUUCAUAGGAUUCGUCUUUUAUGCCAUCAGGCUCAUGGGUUACUCACUGAUAUACAACCCGUGGCUAUGCUUAAUCUUCGAGGCGUUGGAAUCCGUGACGUCAUCUCUAUCUUUUACGGCGGCUGUCACGUACGCUGCGAGAUUAUCCUCCACCACUACCGAUACUUCCGUCCAAGGACUCUUGGGAGGACUCUACUACGGAGUUGGCAAAGGUUCUGGCAGUCUAAUAGGCGGUUAUUUAAUGAAGUUUGUAGGAACAAGACCUACGUAUCAAAUUUUUGCGGCAGCAACCUUUGUAACUGGCUGUGUCUAUUACCUAUUUAAUAGGUUUUGCAUUGGAAAGGGAGCUAUGGGUGAUGAAAAUGAUAUAUGCAAAAAGAAACCAGCGAGUGUAGAUGUCGAAAAUCAAGAUGAUUCUAAAAAGGAUUCAGAUAAACCUACGAUACCGCCAGAUGUCGUUAGUAAAACUGAGAUAAGUAAGAGCUCCGAUGUUGAAGGCCCUAAGGCUUUCCAUUCACAAGGCAGGUUAACAACGGACAGUGUAGAUGGCAGCAGUGACUCAGGCUUUGAUAAUCCAGCGUAUAAUGAAAACGAGUGCGAAACAGUCAAUGGUACGAAAAAGGACGACAAAUCUAAAGUGUGAUAUUUGUGAUACAUAGUUUAUAUUGAUUACAAAUAAGGUUAACAUGCUUUAAAAAUAAUACGUUGUAUAAAUUAUGUAUGAAAAUAUUUAUUAAUAAAUAUUAAUAUAUUGCC